CUGGAUUUUCUUCUCUUAUCUCUCUUUCUUCCUUUCUUCUGCAACCUCAACAAGAAAAAAUAAAAAUUAAAAAAACCCUAAUUUUUCAAGUCGCCGUUUUUCUCUUCCACCGGAAAAUGAAGUGAUCAGCUUGGUUCAUUGAAUUUCAAUGAUAACUCUGUUAGGUUCCCGUGAAAGACCAAAAUGGGAAACCUUGCAGAAUGAAUGCAGUUAGAGAGAUGGCAUCAAUCUGAUACAGAAUUCUACACUGUAAUAUUUGAUUUAGAAGAGGAGUAAUGGAGGCUAAUAUAUGUGACAUUAAUCACUUGGAUGCUGACGUCCUUUUGCCUCCUAGGAAGCGCCUGCUUGCAGGAUUCAAGAAACAGAGUUCUGAUGGUGAUGCUGCUUUGGCCCCUGUUGCAGUUGCUUCAUCUUCAUCCUCAUCCGCAGCAUCUCCUUCUUCUCCUGCCCCAACUCUAUCUCCAUCACCUUUGUUCCCAUCUCCCCCUUCGCCAACUCCUUGUUCUCCAUCUUCAAGUGAAUUUCAAGCCCGCCUCAAUAAUCUGUUGACUUCUCAUUUUAAUAAUAAUCAUAAUCUUUCGCCUGAUCAAAUUGUAGAGGCCUCAAAAUCAGCAGCUGAGGCUGCUGUUAAGGCCGCAGAAGCUGCAAGAGCUGCAGCUCAGGAGAAGGCUAUUAUUGCAACAAAAGCUGUGACAGCUGCGAAAAGUGCAUUAGCGUUAGUUGCAUCCUUUCCUGGAGAGGCAGCUAGCAAGGAGAGGUGCUUAAAAAAGAAUAAGCUGAAGAAGCAUGUACAGGUUCAACUUUUGUACAAAAAGCAUCAACCUAUUGAGAACUAUAGGGAUGAUGAAGAGUUAGCUCGUAAGUUGCACAGGGUUAUAAACAGCUCUCCUAGAAUUUCAAAGAACUCUUCGAGUUCUGAUUUGAAGGGUCAUAAAAAUAAGAAGCCUAAAAGCUCCCCAACUUCUGAAAGAACUAGGGUUUCAAAUGGAAGUGUAGUGUUUGGAGGAAACCUGUCUCCCAUGUGCAAUGGACAUGCUAUAGCAGGUGAAUUGGAUUCUGAAGGCUCCAUCGAUGAUGAGGCAUGCACAAGUACAGCAGAUGAGAAGACAUCCAAAUUUGAAAAGGCUGCCCAACUAGAGAUGGAUAAUGGGGAAGCAGAAUCAAGUCACUCCAAGGAUAAAGUAUGGGGAGAUGCAAGUUCGCCUGGCAAAAGGAGGGGAAGACUGAAACUAAGGAAGUUGCCAUUAAGCAUUUGUAGCUCUAGGGAUCAAGCAAAACCCAAGGAUGAUAUUUUUCCCAGAAGUUCCCCAUUGGCUGACAAGAACAUGGCCAAUCCUACAACUCGCAAUAAGCCAUUGUUUUCUAUGGAGCCUUCAGCCAAUAAUCCAAUGGCAAUUGAUGUUCCACCUAUGCGGAAAUGUCAGGAGUUCAAAUCUCCCGCUAGUGUUAAGCAGAAUAAAGUGAUUCAGUCAUAAUUGUCAAAUCCUUCUGAUAACAGGUCACGCCAGUGAUAGAAGUUGAUAGCUGAGGUAGAUUCGUGAUGCUCUUCUUUUUUUUUUACCUUUUUUUUUAUAUAUAUAGGAACGGUUCAUCUUUGGUUUUGUAAUGAACUUGAGCUGAGAAACAAAAAAUUGUAAAUUUUAGAAGUUGAAUUGCUUGCUGGCAAUUAGGUUCAAGUCCUUGCCUUCCCUCUCCCUCCCUUUGAACGAAAAUGGAAAUUUCUCAAACACCGUUCAAAGGUUGCUGUAGAUGACAUCAAAGCUUCGAGUGUUUCAUUAAAAAUUACACAAUUUCUGUUCA